CAACUCAGCACUUUUUUAUCAUUUGGCGAUUAAUUUGGGAUGCCCUCAUCUKUUAGAACGAGCAAACACAACACUAAAGUGUUUCUAGUACAAAGUCGUAGUAGCAGGUUUUAUUUACUAAGGAAUUCUUCGACGUUUGGGAAGUUGCAGUUGUACAAAAGCAGUUUGGGUACGAGUUCCCGUGAGAAGAAGAAAACAAACACCGCAACAAUUAGGAUACUMGUUUCUAUUCGGUAAUACUCAUCGCGCUGAACUAUUUCGAUGGCAACAUAUCUGGAGACUAACAUUGAACAACAACUCUCAUUGACAAAAAAAGAAAAAAACAGACUCAGAGAGGAAUGCAACGAGGACGAAAUCAGCAAUCGAUAUCAAUGGCGCCUCCUCGGAACAGUAGCUUCCGCGUUCCUUUGCACGGCAGGAGGACAUUCCAUGCACUAAUAAUAUUUCUCUCUUUCUUUUCGACGUCGACAUGCGAAGAUAUAGACRAAACAACAAUUUUAUUCGACGGCUGCGACAUCGAUGAUUAUUACAUGGGUCACAGAGAUGGCCCUUGGGGAUGGRACCGACAGGAAAUCGCUUCGCUUUUGCUUCUGACCCAUCGACAGGUGAUCCCUGCCGAAGCGUCCAUAGAGUUCUUGUCGGGGGGGAACGGCUCAGGCACGUCAACAGUUUCUCGCACAUACGAUACCAGCACAGAUUCGCGAAAGGCCUUGGCAGAACUCGACAAGGGAAAUUAUAUCAMAGUAAUAGACGAUAGUGACAUCGAAACAGUGCGUAUGAUUUUUACCCGGCGCGAUAUUCCCGUUGACAAUGGGCUAAUUUUUGGGUGGGAACCGGGAUAUUUGUGGCCUAUGGACGAGUUAAAGCAAUCGCCAGUCAAUGACGAAGGGGAUAAGAACUACGACGAAGCUUACCAUGACGAGCUGACCGCUGCAAUCCACGACUUGCAUAACAUGAGGCCAAGGCAUCCAAUUGUGAGUGCAGAUCACGARACAAAGAAUUGGUAUUAUGACGCAUGUGAUGAUUGUGAAUUCGAAGAACAGGAACCAGCGACAACGCAGAAACGGUCUGGUGGGAGGACGUCUAGUACACGCCCCGUGUGGGAAGGAGAUACUUYCAAGAGGAAAAAACUCCACCAAAUGCUCAAAUACAGUGACGAAGGAAGCGAACACCUUUGCGUCUGCACGAAGGACCAUGCUUUGCAACCACCGGAAGAAAGUCGCGGGGAGGUUGCUCGGGCAUUGCUKUACAUGAACUUACGGUAUGGAACUCUUACCGCAGCGCAUACCGAGCGCAGUUUUCGCCSGGAUGKCACUGCAUUUCUGGGUUUAACAUUGACAGACUGUCCCCCAACAUCCGCCACCGGGGAAGACGAUGGUCAAGAAGCAACAAAAAAUUAUAGCAUGGGGUACUUUUCGCGGCUGGUUCAAUGGCAUCUUGAAGAUCCGCCAAGUCAGCACGAAAUCGAACGGAACCAAAAAAUCUGCGAACAAUAUCAAGGAAAUCGUAAUCCGUUCGUUGACUUUUAUGAAGAAUCAUGGGCUUUGUUGGACUUCAAUCAAAUCGAGCGCGAAGUAUGUAACAGCGGGGACAGCGAACCAGAUCAAGAAGGGGGAAAGAAUGCAAACUUUCACUACGAUGAUGACGAUGACUUCGUCGUCACGCAAAAUUCAACAUCCGAUGAAGACUGGAAUAGCGAUGMWGAUGAAGAUGAAAAAUAUGUGUGUGGAGACUUAAUKCCAGGGGACAUUUCUUUUUUUAUGGUACAGCCGGCAACAGACAGCGACGAGAGCAAUGACUUCGAACAAGAUGAAGAAUGGCAGCGAGAAUCAUUUGGAUUGGUCACCUUAGUAUCUUUGAAACCUGGAUUGAUACUAUACGUUGCAGGAGUCGACAACGACAAUAAUGCAGAAGUAGAUGGCCCUAUGGAGGGGAAUCACUAUACUGGUGAUAGAGGUGUAUUGAAAGUCGAGGUUCCUGAGAAGGGCAUUCCAGCCGGAUCAUAUUUUGGAUAUGGAAAACAGUUGUAUUUAGGUGAUCAAUGGGAUCCAGUCCUUAACGACAACGACAACGACAACGAAGAUCACACAUUCCGAUUUUCUGUCCACCAGUUGUACUUAUAUUGUAUAGAUAGAGACCACGGAAUUCAAAAUCCCUCCACAAUGGAAGAGUAUAAGRUUUUGGCUGCUAUGUCGACUACGGGACAUAGCUUUGGGGAAAGCGAACUUCCGUACUACUGGGAUAAGUUUCGAGAAAAACAUUCUGAUAUAAUUGUUUCGGAAGUAUUCAGCAAUGGUAUACAUUACGGUACGAUAGUACUACCGGAAGACGCAUCAGAUUAUGAACUUAGCGGUGGUUACCGUUACGUGGGUCCUACCUAUACCAAACACGAUAAGUAUGCAAAAGCUCUGAUCGAUGAAGCAAACUGGAAGCCCAUGAAUAUGCUAGAUCUGGAAAAKGAGGUGGGCGGGAAGGUGGAAAAUGAAGCGUCUACAYCGAUCUUUGACGAUUCGGUGAGAAAUGCUAUUAGAGAUAGUGAUGGAAUGCAACAGCUGAUCGAAGGGACUAGGAUCGGCAUGAACGAGGACAGUAGCAGCGCAUAUGGUGAGCGCCCAAGUAUUUUUACUCGAGAAUUGUCAUCAAUAUGGUCACUGGCUAUUUUAUUCGUGCCAUGCAUUUCUAUUCUCCUUCUUGAUUGCUAAACAGUGUACAAUAAGUGUAAUUAAGAUUC